AUGCAAACUGAUCAAUCACCGAAAGAUCAACUUGUUCUGAUACAAAAGCUAGAAAAGGACAAUUUAGAAAGGGAAUUGCAUAUUAAGAGACUACGGGAACACAACGAAUUUUUGGAAGAGGAAAUCAUACAAUUUGACUCAACCAGUGAGUCAACAAUAGGUAACUUAAAAAGCCAAAUCCUAUUCUUGAAAUCGCAAAUAGAGGAACUUAAAAGUCAUUCAAAUAAAAAAACUGUGGAGGCACAAACACAAACUCUACCUCAAAUGAAACCUGCCAACUAUACUGUUGGAAUGCAAACGAUUAGCAACCCAACCUGUGAACUUGGAAUCCAAACAGACACUGAAACGGAAAGCAAAACAACAACAAACAUAAUAACUUUGGAGGCACACACACAAACCCUAGCUGAAAUAAAACUGACUAAUAACGCUGCAGGAACACAAACUAUCAGCUGUGAACUUGGAACUCAAACAGAACUGACGGAGGAAGCCUUGGAAGAACGUCAACAAAACCCGCAUUUGCACGACAACGUACAGAAUAUUGCUGCGCAAGAUUUCAGCUACAUAAACGAAAACGAGCAGUUUACAAACCGCCUAAAUAAAUUACGCGAAAACUCUCCUAUCAAACAAAAGAUAGUAAUACAUCGAAAUAUAAAACUAGCAAGUGCUAAACCUCAAACUAAUCUUAGCCCAAUUAAAGACAUCAAAAAUACUGUCAUACGGAAAACAUCAGCUGAUUCUGGGGAGGCAGAAGCAUGGGACAGUUCAGCAGGAAAACUAGGAAAGCACAACAUUUUAAGAAAAAGUGUGAUUGGCGCUAGUGAUCAUAGGUGUAAAAAGGCCUCUAGUUGUGCUCGUGGCAACUACACAAUGGGUGACAGAUACAACAUCCACAGUCAGCUGGAACAUCUCCAAUCAAAAUACAUUGGUACAGGCCACGCUGAUACCACAAAGUUCGAAUGGCUCCUCAAUCAACACAGAGACAGCUACUCUAGCUAUUUGGGACAUCCAGACUUGCUAAGCUAUUUUGCUAUAGCUGAAAACGAAGCUAAAGCUCGCGUCAGGUUCAAUUUGAUGGAAAAAAUGUUGCAGCCUUGCGGACCACCACCAGAUAAACCAGAGGACUAA